AUGUUGCAACGACUACAAAACUACGAAGUGUAUCCCUCCAAAUCGACGACCAGCGGUAAUGGCUCUGAAUCGGAUGAAGAACAGACGCCACAACCCGCACAUGUCACCGACUUUAGUAUCAGUCGGAUACUUGGCGAUGAUGCGCGCAACAAAAGUGACAUCGCCGUCAAAACUCCCGCAAUCAGCGUCAAGUCGAACUUAUCUGCACAAUGCACUACAACACCAUUGACCACCGAUAUACUCGACCUCUCCAAAUCCUCACCAGCGGCGGAGCGAAAAUCUCCCAUCGAGUCGCCACGUCAACCCGCCUAUCCUACACCAACUUAUCAGAGCUUUCACUCAGACUUCUUGGCUGCUGCCGCCGCCGCGAACGCCACAAAGUUUUAUGCGCAAUUCUUUCCUCAUAUGUUCGCUCCAUACGCUUUGUCCGGCUUUAAUGUGCCCGCUCCAGCACCUUACCAAAAACAACGUUACUUUGCACCGUAUAUCAUCAACCCCAACUCAACGCACCCUAUUCAACCCACUCAAUCCGUCAAUUCGCGCUUGCCGACCUUGACGAAUCCCUCUAGCAUACCACUCCCGCCCCCGGCAUCUAAGAAUAUUUGCCCACGCGCAAGUUGUACAGAUUGUUUGGAAUUCUAUAAACAACACCCACUCUACAAGUCAACUCUGCCGUCGGUACCUUCCUCGCCUGCAUCGUCCACUUCAUCUACUUGCUAUUCUUCGUACAACGCAAAUUAUUUGAAAACGAAGUCAUCCACCGAAUUACUACUUAAAUCAUCGACGGUCGCUUUGACUACAGUAGCGAAUUUCAAUCUGAACUCGAAAACAACAAAACUCUGCACAAGUAGUCCCUCUUCGGUGACCACUUUGAACGCCGAAGAAAUAAGCUAUAAAUGCUGUAUCUGCGAUAAAGUUUUCGGUUGCUCGCAAACCUUGCAGGCUCACGAAAAGACGCACAAAUCGCCACGCUACGAGUGCACUGAUUGCGGCAAAGGUUUUUCACAGCUUCGCAAUUACAAAUAUCACCUGUCUGUGCACCGCGGUACGAAGGAGUUCGCCGCCGAAUGUCCGGAAUGCGGUAAAACAUUUAAUGACAAAGGCUACCUUAGCAGUCACAUGAAGAUCCAUCGCAACAAAAAGGAGUAUGAAUGCCCCUACUGCCCCAAGUCGUUUAACCAGCGUGUAGCAUUCAAUAUGCACGUACGCAUACACACCGGCGUCAAGCCGCACAAGUGCGCGGAGUGUGGCAAACGGUUCUCACGGAAAAUGCUACUCAAACAGCACAUGCGCACCCACAGUGGCGAGAAGCCGUAUCAGUGCUCGGUUUGCGGGAAAUCAUUCGCCGAUCGCAGCAACAUGACGCUGCACCAUCGACUGCACUCCGGUAUCAAACCAUUCAAUUGUCCCAUUUGCCCGAAAGCAUUCACCAAGAAGCAUCACCUUAAGACACAUCUUAACUAUCAUACCGGCUGCAAGCCGUACGUCUGCCCGCAUCCGAACUGCAAUCAGGCCUUCACGCAGUCUAGCAAUAUGCGUACGCAUGCCAAGAAAUGUCAAUAUCGUCCGCUGCAAUUAUCCUAUCCGGUUGCGGCCGCGGCGAGUAGUGUAUCAAAUGUGACUUCAUCAACCUCCGCAAUGACAUUACCCACUCCAGCGGCCGCAUCAUUAACACCAAUUGUGUCACGUCUCAGCAUUCCAGCGCCGCCAAUAGUCAGUGGCAUUGCAGGGACCGGUGUAACGACUGCGGCGGGUUUGUCAUCGGCAGCAGCCUCGUCCAGCAGCGCAAUGGCAUCGUCACACAUUCCAAAUUUGUCCACAGCCCUAACGGCUGGCAUGCGCAUGUUGUCAGCUGUCACUCUGCCGAGUAACGGUACCGCAUCCGGUGGCCACAAUGUGGUCGCACAACAGCCGCUUUUACCAUUUCCGCCUGCGCAACAGCCGUUAAUGGGUACACUGCGACCGUUUUAA